AUGAAUGGUGAUACAUUCUAUGAAUGGUUUGUACGUAUUCUGCCAUUAUUAAAAGAAAAUGCCAUAAUUGUGAUGGACAAUGCCUUAUAUCACUCGGUGAAGAAAUGUAAAAUACCAAAUAUGUCUUGGAAAAAACAAGAAAUCGUAGAUUGGCUCGAGAGUAAAGGUGAGAUUGUUAUCCAUCCGAUGUGUAAAAAUGAUUUAAUGAAAGAAGUGAGAAAAUUAAAAGAUGCAUACGACAAAUACGUGAUUGACGAAUACGCGAAAGACAAUAAAAAACUCGUAUUGCAAUUACCGCCAUACCAUUGCGAGCUAAAUCCGAUAGAGCUCGCGUGGUCAUCAGACGUACUUGAGCUACUAAAAAAAGGGGUGGAACAUGUAACACCAGAAAUGUGGACUAAUUUUGUCGGACAUGUCAUAAAGGAGGAAGACAAGUUUUUGAACCUUGAUCAUUUAAGCGAUGAAGUAAUGGACGGACAACCCGACGAAGAAGAACGUCAUAUCCUUACCAUAGGAAGGGGUGAUACAAGUUCUUCGGAUUUAGACUCAGAUUGA